AUGGCGCGACCGAUCUCAUACCGCAUUGCCACCGAGGCGCUCUCGAAAUUCCCGAAGCAGGAGCUGCGACCUGACUAUCAAAUCCAAGAUGUCCUCAAGAAGACCCUUGAAGCACGAUUCGCGAAUUACAACCCUUCCAAGGAGGCCGAAGAGCUGUUCAGAGCAAGAUCAUUACAGAUGCUCCAGGAGAACAGGUUCAUGGAUAGGUAUAAGUUGAGCGGAAGAAUGCUCGAGCCGAAUAGCCAACCGACAUAUUUUGCGGAUCUCGUGCGCGAGAUCGAAGAGGCGCCGAAACGAACGUGGUUUGAACGGUUAGGGAAGAAGCUGUCGGGAAUGGUUCGGUUACAAUAA